AUGCGCAGAUUACUUGCACCCAUCAUCGUCUUUGUGGCAUACGCCUUCGCGCGUGCUGUCCCCGACCCCAACGUAUUCGAUGCCGCUACCACCAUUCCGCUUCACCAGGAGAUCAUCUUCAAGGCUUCCAAUGGCUCUGACGUCGUCUUCAACAUCGCCGCUGGCUUUAACAUCGUCGAUGAUACCCGCAACCUCUCUUGGCCCACUACCAAGCGCAUUAAGGUCGUCAAGGCUGGCGAGCAUGUCGGGCUCUGCACCGUCCGCGCCAGCCAGAGAGACAGCGGCGUCGGCAGUCCCCGUCGUAACGACUGUCAAGCGCUCUUCGACUAUGUAAACGAGAACCCCGCUCUCAUUUACUUCGAGCAUCGUGACUCUGAUACCGAUCGCUGGGCCGAGGUAUUCUGGGUUGGUAGCUGUGGCUUCCGCACCCGCACUUACACCCGUGACGUCGUCUUGUCCACCGGAGACAUCGCCAACUUCCUCAACCGAUCUUUGAGCCGCCCUGCCUGGACUAUCGGCGGCAAAAUCUCAGCCGCCGGUGAGGCAGACUGUGUGGUUUGGAAUGGACCUACAGGCAGCGCUCCAAUUUUCUGGAGACUGCAGCCGCAUGGCCUUCCGGUCCUUGCUCGCGCCAAGAACGAGAUUCUCGACGGUCACUUCAAUUCUGGCAACACAAGCGCCCAAACCAUUGAGGUGCGCCAAGCCGAGCCAAAGAAGCCCCUCAUUGUCGACUCCUUUGCCUUGAUUCCCAGCAACACUUCUGCCUACGUCUUCAACGGCACCGUUCAUGAGGCUCCAGACAGCGUCGAGUCCGCCAACUUCACCAUCUCCAAGCGCUACGAGAUGUAUCUCGGUGGCAAUCCCGAGGGCCCCUUCUGUACACCCAUGUGGCUCUCCUCCGACUGGGAUCAACCAAACACACCGCUCAAGUCCGACUGUCAGCAGCUGCUCAAGUUCUGCCAACAAAACACUGCCAAGGUCGUUUUUAAGGAACGCGACCUGAACUACUGGGCCAAGUUUGCUGCCCACGAAUCCUGUGGUCUCAGCUUCAUGACCACCAAGGAAAGGAUUUGGAUCACCAACCGCGACAUGGCCGGCUUCCUCGAGAGGGCCAUCAACUACGAGCCCUCCACUUACCAAGAGAUUGGAGUUCGUGCUAAAAUGGGCGUUCGGUGCGGUUUCGAGAACGAGAAGAAGUACGAUGGCGAAUUCAGACUCUUCUAUCGCGACCCCAGUCUCCCUCAGGGUCAAAUCGAGCAGCGCGACACGAACCUUUAUGUUGGCGCCGUUGACGAGACCGAACGGCGCGACAUCUCUCCCAUGCCGUCAGAUUUUGAGGCAUUCUCUGAGGACGAUUCUUCCGUGGACUGGAUCGACUUUGUAUUCACCGACCGCGAUGGGAAUAACGUCACUGCUCAGAUCAACUCCAAAGCCCUGUCUGUAUCUCCCGAUGACAACAAGAAGAUUGACGACAGACUAGAGAGAUUUGAAACUCCGCUGGGCCCCUCCAAGCGAUGCACCGGCAAGACCACCUACAUGGGCGGCGCCAGACCCGACUCGGCCCUUGUUGAAGACUGCAAGAAGCUCCGCAACUUUAUGUCCGUCCGUCGCUUCUACUUUCGAUGGAGCCAGGAGUCUAACAUGGGCCCUGGCCAACCUCUCGCUAAGGUCGGCACCUGCCACCUCGCGUGGGCCGCUGACGACGAUGUUGUUGUUGGCAACAUGGACAUUGAAAUCCUCAUGACGAAUGCCAUCGACAAGCUCGACAACACCAAGGGCAGGAUGCGUGGUUGGGGUCGUGAGUAUUGCGACUUCGCUGAUCAGUACGGUGUCAAGGAGAUUACGAAGUGGCUCAUCUUCCCUUAA